AGUAAUAUCCCAAACAAAUAGACGUUUGUUUGAGUGGUUUACGAAAACGUUUGUUGACAAAAACCGCAAGGCGAGACACUACAUAUGCAUGUUUCAUUUGUGGUUUGACUUUUUUUCUGUGAUUUUUAUAUAAUGGCGUGAAGCUAGAGUUUCGAAUACAGUAGAGUAUAACGUAAACGAUACGUCCUGGAAUCGAUAAAUGAAUCGGUUCAUGUUCCCUCUGUCAUUUUGUUUGAUAAAAUCAAGAAGUGAAAGAAUAUGGAGCCAGCAAAAGAUCAUUGUGCUUACUACUAUACAAAGGAACAAAUAGAAAAUCUGAGAAUAAGGACAGUGCUGCAGCAACUUACAGGUUCCCAGCUGGUUGAUGCAUCACCAAGAGCUGUAGAAAGUACACCUGCUGUUGGAGAGGUAGACCUAAACCUUGCAACUCUUUCUGUGCCCCUUGCAUCAACUAGUGAUGCCAGUGCUUCACACACACAACAGCAAGUUAUUAAGUGGCAGCAGAAACUAUUAAGUCCUUUUGAAAUAGUGGAAUAUGGCCGUCCUAUAUAUGCGGAGGAUUCACAACACAAAACAUACCAUGAACAGGCUGUUAAAUUAAAGAAACGCAAACAAUGGAGGAGAAGAAUUUUCACUUACACACACCAAGAUAAUUAUCAAAGCCAGAUCCACAUAAGGGCAAGCACAACAAAACAGAUGGAACCAGAUACAUGUGUAAGACAAAGGAAAAGAACGGAAGGUGAAAGAAAUGCCAGUCAAAGUGCAGCCCUGGUGGAUGGUAGGAAAGGUGGAGAAAAGAAUGACCCAGAAGUAACCAAGUCGCAACAGCAGCAUUUUUACAUCAUGGCUGACUUGGCACCACCUGAGUUCCUUGGAGAAACCAGAGCCCAUGAAGUGAUCCUGUGCACACUGCGGUACAAUCCCCAUGGCCAGCUGACAGUUUCGCCGGACUUCACCAAACUGAAUACAAAACCAUUUAGAUUAGAGAGUUUUGGCUCUGACAAUGCUCUUUAUGAAUACACUGUUGAAAAUGUGUCUCUUCCACAACCUCUGGAGGAGAAACAGAAAGAAAAUGAGCUGCUUCAACAGAUAUCGCGGCAGCGUAUGGAAGAAAUGCAGCAAAUAGUUGGGCUAGACUGGAACAUGCAACAGUUAGGUGAAGGUGAAAUACGAUUGGUUGUGACGGGGGAGAUUUGUCGUGCACAACACUUCACAGAUGUUUCGUCUUUGUACCUUCACUAUGUCCUGCAUCUUCCUCCAGGAUGGAGACACAACUCUGGGACAGACUGUGAGGGCUUCACUCCCACGUGUGUGGUUGGACACCUAGAGGAUAUUCCAACAGUGCAUUAUUCCACACCCUUCACUGUAGAUGUGACACGCACAAAAGGAGGUAAAGGUUGGCCACAGAUGUUACUGGCAGUAUUUUCAGUUGACUGGUGGGGCCGGGAGAGGGAUGAAGGAUAUGCAUCUUUUGUUCUUCCAACACCUGGCGAUGUCUCAUGCAACAAUAACAAGAGGGACGGUGGACUUCACCAAGUGGGAACAUGGCGGCCAGCCCAGUCUUCACCCAUUGCCACAAUGCGAAGAUUCUUUCUUGGAGGAUGUCAACUCAUGGCGGAUUCUUCAUAUCUGGCUGUUGAUUAUUGCUCUGGGAAUGGGCGUAAGAGUAGGUUGGGAUUCAGGACUGUGACAAGUGGUACAGUGGAGCUUAGAACCAACUCGCUCAUUGAGUCAAACUCUAAAAUAACAGAAUCAUGGCAUUCAACUGUGCCUUGGAAUGCUCCCAGUUGGCAGUUAUCAACCCGUGCAGUGUUAGAUGCCUUCAAUAAAUCUCGACAAAAACUUAGAGCAGCAAAACAAGGGACUUAAUAAAUGUCAGAAAUUUUAAUUUCAUGCUCAGGUAUGCAGACCUUGGGCUGAUAAUUACUUUGUAGGGAAAAGCCUGCAAAUGUGUGACUUAUGGAGCCUUAUGGACAGGUAUGUUUGAAUGAAUCAUUCCCAUGCAUAGUGCCUAAUUCAAGUUCACUGUAAUACAUUAUUAGAUAUAUUUAUUUAUUUGUAUAUUAUAUAUGUCUGUAAAAAAUCUAUUCAGGUCUUCUCAUACUGUAUGUGAAUCAACAUAGUUGAUCAUUAACCCAGACUGAACGUAAAUUCCCAUGUUAAGAAAAUUUUGAAUCAAAGGAUUAAAGGAGAGAAACUGUAUUAAAAAAUGGUUUCUUAUUUAUAUAUAUAUUUAUAGAAAGAAAUUAUAUGGAAACCUGAAAUUCUUACCAGUUUUUUUCUUCUUUCUUUUUUAGUCAAUAAAUUUAAGAAAAUGUCUAUUACCAUUUUUUAUUGCUAUGUUAGCUUCAGUUAUGUUUUUGGUCCCUCCCAAUACUUUGCUUGUUGUUGUCAUGGUAAGGCUUAGGAGACGGAGACUGAGGCCCAAUGUAGGGGAUCACCCUUACUUUGGGCCUCAGCUAAUUUUGCUUGGUCUUUCUUUCUCUCCUUUCCUCUUCCGUAUCUUCUUCAUCCACGUCUUCUAUCCCAUUCCUAAGGUGUGAGAGUGUGCUGAAAGGAUGUAAGGCUUUGUGUCAGUCUUGAAUGGCCCUGGCAAUUGGUUAAUUGCCUAGGCCUUACCCCUUAUGGGGACCCUGAAGGGUAGACCGUUCCUUUUCCCCAUUUUAUUCAGGCUUGCCAUGGCCAAUAAUGAAGAUUCUUUACUCUUAACAUGGGCAUUAAGGGUGCCAUCUCGCUCGAGAGCGAAGUUGUCAAUUAUAAACGGAUUUUCGCAAUUUUUUAAUGUUAUAUGUACAUAUACAGUGAUAAACAUUACCAAACUUCAUAUCAUUUGAAUAGACAACAAAGUUGUUAAAAAACAAAGUUCUGAAAAAUCACAAAAUUUAAUAUUUCACACUUAUCCAUUGAUCAAACUUGUUGAAGAAAAAGCCUCAUACUCUAUAGCAAUACCUAAAAGUUUGAUCACUUUGAUUUUGGAAUUUCCUCUUUUUUUUUCUGAAUGUUCAGUCUUAUGAACAUAAGAUUAUAAUAUAUGAACAUCUAUUACCUGAAUGAAAACUGCAGUACUCCAGAAAAUUGCAAAUUUAUUCAGCUUUCAAAUGAUCCAAACCCUAUAAGAAUCGCCCAAAUAGUUAUGGAGUAUAAAAAAAUGUUAACAAAGGUGUAGUGUUGAGAUAUCGAGCUCUGAAGUUGAGGAUAUUUUUUCCUGCAUUUUUAUUAUUUUUAUAUUUUUUAGAAUUCUGAACUCUGUGUCAAUUUUGAUGCAUUCUAUGGCAUUCAAAUGGUUUUCCAAAGUGUGGCUGGUACCUGGUCCCCCCUUUUGCAAGGUAUAAAUCGCUCAAAGCCGUGGGUAUCAGGAGACACCACCUCCCUCAUUGUAGCCAGGUUAGCUCCCUAGAAAGCUCCCAGCUGAUAGUCGGAGGUCCAGGAUAGCUUUCUCUUUCCCUUUUUGUUAUUUGCUGUCCCUUUUCGAUCUGUCUCCUGGUCUUCCUUAUCAAGUGCUUUUGAAAUGAUGGCAUUGGUACCAAGCAAGUGAACAAGGAGAUUACUUUUCCUUCUGAAGUUGUGAUCUAGUAUUGUUGCCCUUGCGAUGAACAGCACUCGGAAGUGACCAGCAUAUUUGGCCUUUGAGCACUUUAGCCAAAUCUUCGAAUGAAGACUUUCAUUAGGAUUCUGUGUUGCCCCCUUCUUCUCUAGAAUGUCCAGGGCUGUGAGAUCUCGGUAGACAAAUUUGAAGAGGUCCAGCUUUUCGAAGGGGAUUUUAGCUAGGUAAAGGGAUUUCCUUUUGUGGCUAACUGGUGUGACGUUUUCAGCUAGUGCUCUAUUGAAGAAGCAUCAGCUGUCUAUACCACAUGGGCAACAGUGAUGUGCUGACUUGUCAUCACUUGACGUCAAGUGGAAGAAUGUCGCCCACACAGCCUUUUUCUAGGUCUCAAAGUCAGUGCCCACAUUGUCAUGGAUCGCCUUCCCCUAAUAUGACCCAAGAAGAUCGAUGACCUCUUCCAUCAACAUGUGGGCACCUCCUAACAAGCCCCUCGUCAUUCUUUUGCCAGUUUUGGUUGUGACCGUUUCACUCGUAUCCUUCUUGACAUUGCGCAGUCUGGUCCCCAUCCUUUUGCUUACAUGAUUUAUGCACUCCUCCUUCAUGGCGGAGUCGUUGUACGGUCCUUUGCUAUUGUUUAGUUGGCAUACUGCUUUGUAUGUGCUCGAAUCCCCGUCACCUACAAAGGUUUUAUAUUUGAAUUUGAGGUCUAAGGGUCAGGACCAGAUUCACACUGCUGCUUCUCUCUCCAUUGCACCCAACUUACCUUCAAAGUUUUUGUGGCAGACGUGUUUGCUGGGUUACACCUACACCUUGGGCAAUGAUUCCAUAGGACCUCAACGUCUAUCACAAUUCUGGUGUACACAUCUAUCACAACCCCGACGCUGAUAUCUGGUGAUCCACGACCCAUCAAAGGAAACUUCGAUGUUGAUGUUCCCACUGGCAUCUGGCUGCGAUAAACCUUUGUCAAUAUAAAAUAGCUCACUUUCUCUCUCCCUUUUUUCAUUACUGUGCCAAACCAUUUUCCCAUCUCUCUGUAUAGGUAAGAGCAGUGCUUUGUGUAAACACCUGCAGAGAGAUUUCCAAUCAAGAAAUAUGGGGCACUGUUUUCUAAUCCAGCACAUCCCACACCUGUAGUGAGGCUAUGAUAUACCUGGACAGUGUAAGAUUCAGUCAUGUUUUCAUGGGCAAUGGGAGGAGUGUCACAGAGGGUUUUAUCACACCUGUCACAAACUAAUCUCACAUGGUUGUCGAAGUGCAUCCUUGUCAUCACAGGUUUUAAAAUGCCUUUACAGUGCCUUGUGGGGCAUUUCACAUAGCUAAACAACUGCUGCAGGUGUGACAGUGAUAACAUGUAUUUAUCAUCAUAUGAUUUACUACAUACAAGUAUAACAUCAUUCAUGAGAUGUGUCCUCUUACAAUGGGAUGAAGGCGCAUCUUGGGCAGGUCCAUGUGAUGUUGUUGAGGAGGCAAGUGAUGUGACAUCAGGCAGGCAUGAUGUAGAUGGUUGGGGAGAAGUAUAGUAAGGAGGAGUAUUUAUUGCUGUACCUGGCUGAGGAAACGAGGGAGAUAAAGAGGGAGGGGAUGAGGGAGAUAAGGCAUGUGGCGGCGGUGUGUGAGGGUAGCCAGCCUCCUCUCCUCCCUCAGUGGCCCCUGAUGCAGAGCUGACUUUCGUCUAAUUCAUGUAAGAAUGAUGUGAGACACUUCAAAUAAACUUCCCAGAGAUACAGUAUGUAGAGGUGCCAGCUAGCCUUUAUAAGUGAAUACCAAAAGAAAUUGUAUUUGGGGUACUAUUAUUGCAGAAAAACAACCUAGUCAAGUAUAUUUGCAUGAACAUAUAACAGCAAUCGGAGUUGGGCAGGGUUUUUAUUUUUACAUAUUUAGCAGGAAUAUUCCGUUACAGGGUUGCCAUAGACUACUAGAUUACAGGAGAUUGUUAAAAAAAAAUUUGAGUAUUUUUGAAAAAAAUUGUCGAAAAUUCAGCGCGAUGGCCCCCUUAAUGCUUGCCCUUUCAUUAACUAGCCUAUCUAAAUUUAAUUUUGAUGGUUUUCCAACCCCUGCCACUCCUUUGACCACGGCUCCAACCACUGAUACUAAUACCCCCUCUUCAACAUUUACUGACAACUCUAUCCAUUCCAAAACACCCACCCAGGUUGUUACUCAGCCUCCAGAAAACACCCCUUCCUCUCUCCCAACAUUCUUUAUUUCUUUAUUUGCUCAGUCCUCUUCAGUGUCUACCCCCUCUUCCCUUAUUACUACUCUUCAUCCUUAUUCUCCUUCCCCCCCAUAGAAC